UUUCGCUUUUCUCCUACCGCCGUACGAUGAGCCCAGUUGGGCCGCGGCUGCUUUCGCUGAAGGGCUUACUUACGAACUGCCGCUUUGUUUUUUUCUAGCUUUAAGAUGGGUCGUUACGCCAUGAUCUACAGAACACGCCGCGCCACAGAUUAGGUGUUUAUGCUAAAUAUUGGCCCACCAGAUGAAACAACCUACGCUCCAUGGAGACCAAGUAAGACGACGAACACCUCUCCAUGAUCAGCCGCUGCGCAACGAUUGGCUACAAUCACAACUGUGGCUUUCUCCGAUCUCCGCUCCGUGAGCAGUCGUUUGGCAUUCCUGAAACCUGUCUACGCGGAUCUCGUAUAUGCGCGGCAACCCGCGGUUGAUGCCGCUUAGCCGUAGCAGCGAGGAAAUGGCGAUGUCGCGGCGGGUCUUCUUUGUUUGUUCGAGAACCUCGCGUCUCGCUCCGCGUACCAGGCGCAUGUUGCAUCGGCCCCGAGUAGUGGCGACCGAAAAAAAGGGCCGUGGGCACCACGAGGCUAACGGGUGCUCUUGUACCGCAUGGCACGCUGCAACGCAAGCAUGGCAUGGCAUGCACACCAUCAAGGCAUGGGUGUGAGCUGAACGAAAGGAAGAGAAAACGUGCUUACAGACUUUUGUGCCGAUGGCAGCACCACCAGCAGCACCGUGGCGUUGAAUCCUGCCGAGGUGGUAUCGCGAUUCGUCCGGCACUCAUGGCGCCUCGUCUUACUGGAUGCGGCAUGGUGCCAAUAUCGACAUACUGUUGGCUGCAGACUCGGGCUGCUUUCCAAAUUAUGCAAUCCUCCAAUAAAACCAAGCAUGGCCGUCGGACUUGGUGCCGGCUUUCGUGCGAAGGAAUACGCCAUGGGCGUGCGUGCGGCUGUGUCGAAGGAGUGGUGGGCUGAGAUGGGCUUCAUCAUGGCUUGCAGGAGAAGAGAUUCUGGCAGAUUUCCAUCGCCAAGCAUAGCUGCGUAAUAAAUAAAAGAGGCAUUCGACAAUCUUUUAGCCAAGUCUCUAUACAAGGGGGAAACCAAAGGGCUUAAAUGUAUCUUGAUCCGGCCGUCUAAUACGACGUUGGUCAUGCACAAAUACCUCCGUUGAUGCCUCCGUCGAUACCUCCGUCAAAGGCAACCGCUUGGUUUGGUUGUUUGUUUGCCCAACGCUGCACCGUAGUCAGCAUACUCGGAGUUGUCCCCCCUGUUUCCGUUUUCCCUGGCUUGUCUUUUUUUCUCGUUCAUCGCUUUGUCCGCUGAUAUCUCCGUGCAGGCAUGACGUAUUCGCUCCUUCGUUUCCUCCGAUAUACUCCGUUAAGUAGCAUCGAGCUCUCGCCCAUUCAUCCGGCAUCGAGGCAGCUACUAAUCAUCCUCGCCUAACUACCCAUCUACUACACAGCUCACUUAGCUUUGAAUUGAAGCAAGCGUUUCUUGAUGACUUCAGAAAAGGCUCAUGAAGCGCCGCCUGCCGGCGAUGGUAGUGUUGGCGCCAACAAGCCCAAUGAUCUCGAGCAAGGUCCUCGCGACAGCGACUCAACACCUGAACCGACCAAAGAUCCAAAUGUUGUGGACUGGGAUGGUCCUGCGGAUCCCGCCAACCCUCGCAACUGGUCUAAAUCAUGGAAGUUGAUCAAUAUCGGGCUCAUUAGCGCUUCGGUGCUCUGCUGCAACUUGGCAACGACCAUGUUCGCACCAGGCGCGACGGUUAUGGAGCGCGACUUUGGCUUCCACAACUCCACUGUUGAGGUCUUGACCAUCACAAUCGCCUCGCUCGGCUUUGUCGUAGGCUCGCUGAUUGUCGCGCCUCUGUCGGAAAUCAUUGGCCGCAUCCCCAUCUAUCGAGUUAGCGGCUUCCUCUAUCUCGGCUUCACUGUUGGUUGUGCGCAAAGCGUCAAUGUUGGUAUGUUCCUUGCGUUUCGUCUGUUAACUGGCGCGGCCGGAGCUUGCUACAUGACGACUGGAGGUGGUACAAUUGCGGAUUUGUUGCCAAAGGACGAGAGAGGCACAGCAAUGGCUCUAUUUACAGUUGGCCCAUUGCUUGGCCCGGUCAUUGGUCCAAUUGUAGGUGGAUUUGUUACGCAAGAUCUUGGCUGGCAAUGGACAUUUUACUUGAUUCUGAUUCUUUUUGCUUCCGUCUACAUUCCAUCAUUUAUUUUUAUGCGCGAAACUUCAUCGGUCGCCAUUCUCAAGGCCAAAGCGACAAGACUUCGAAAAGAAACAGGCAACAGUGAUCUUUUGGCAGUCGGUGAAAAGAAAGUGCCAUUCAGCAAACUCCUCGCCCAGGCUCUAAUUCGACCGGCAACAUUCCUUAUCAAGUCACCCAUCUUGGUCAUCCUGGCGCUUUACAUUGCCUUCGUCUUCGGCACAUCGAUGCUCUUCUUUGCCACUUUCCCACUUGUCUACACAAAUGUUUACCAUUGGAGUAUUGGCAUCUCUGGCCUAAGCUACCUUGGUGUUGGCUUUGGAUGUGCCAUUGGAGUGGUUACAUUUGCCAAAUUGAGUGACCGCUUGCUUCGUUCCGCGGAGGGCGAGUACAAGGCCGAGCGACGCCUGCUUCUCAUGAUGUACCUCUCGCCGACUGUGCCAAUUGGCACCUUCAUCUACGGCUGGACCACAGAGUACGGCGUGCACUGGAUUGUUCCGAUGAUUGGCACGGCCAUUGCUGGCGUUGGUGUAGUUACGAUUACGUCGUCAUCUCAGACAUACAUUAUCGACAUUUUCGGUCCCUUGGGCGCUGCUUCAGCACUCAGCGCCGUCACAAUCCUACGCAACAUCAUGGGAUCCUUCUUGCCGCUAGCCAGCGCUGGGUUGUAUAAGAAUUUGGGCCUUGGGUGGGGAAACAGCGUUCUCGCCUUUGUUGCAACAGCCUUUAUCGCUGUCCCCUUUGCGCUGUACUGGAAGGGCGAGAAGCUGCGCAAGCGGUUCCCCGUGGUGGUUUAGCCACAUUCUUUAGAGCUCCAGCAGCACCCAUUGAGACUUCUUUUCUUAUCCAAUUAUGAUUAAAUCGUAUCCUCUUUUCUUCAUUAUUAUUUUGUUCAACUGGACUAGAUUCAUAUAAUACACAUUCAAUUGGCCCGGGGCAUCUUGUACAAUCUCUCGCUA